UUUUUGCUGAAACAUCCCUGCUACAUUCAAAGAGAACGGUUCUUAUAAAACAACAAAAUUUACAGAAAAACAACAAACGGAAGACGCACAAAGCGCAUUGGAAAAUCGCAGCGCAAUACAAAAUCUGAAGGAAAACGCACAUAUUGAAAAGGGUGAAGUGGGUAUAUUUUCUGUCUGAUCCUGCAUAAAAGCCUAUUGAUUUUACAAAAGAAAGAAAAUUUUAGCAUUAAAUUUGCAACAUCGUUCUAUUCUGCCAUAAAAACUAAUUAUUGAAAAGGAAAAAUGUCAGUGGAACAGAAGCGCGCAUACAACAAAUUGAAGCAUGAUUUGGAGCCAUGGCGCAAUCUCAUUGUACACUUAGAUUCGGUAAUUUCGUGGGAAAAAAAUUAUUAUCCAGCAAUCAUUGCUGUUACCAUUAGCGCUUUCUAUUUGUUGCUAUGGGCAUUGGAUAUGUCGACUGUGACAACACUGGCACUGGCGGGCCUGUUUUCGCUAGCACUAGAUUACAUUUAUCCAUCAGUGUCGCGCUUUCUCUUCAGCCCAGAUAAUUGGAAUGGUAACCAAGAAGAACAAUUUGAGCGCGUCUGCACCCAAUUAUGCUAUUUAAAAGCAGCUCUUAGCGGAUGGUAUGAAUAUCUUUUUUCAGCAAAGGAACGCAAAUCAACCUUGUUCGUCACAAUCAUGAGUCUUACUCUACUAACACUUGCUUGGAUCGGUACUAUACUCAACAAUUUACUGCUAAUGUACAUGAUCACUAUGGUAAUGUGCUUGUACCCAGGCGUACUACAGAAAAAUAUGCUCUAUAAAGUCAAAGAGUAUUUUGGAUUGGUUGUUAACUCUAAAUUCCAGAAAUUGCGUGAAAAAAAUAAGAAAAGUGACUAAAGAGUGAAGUGAGACUUUCGAAGAAGUAGCGAAAGCCUAUAAACGCUGCGUUUAGAUUUUUAAUUUGAAAAAAAACUGCAUUUUUAAAUUUAUUUAUUUUAGCUAUAAAUUUGUAGUCUAUUAAUUUUUAGUAUACCAUUUAUGAAAAUCAUUAUACAAAUGCACAGAUAAUGUGUUUCAAAUUUUUAGAUUUAAUAUUUAACAUUUUGAAAACAAAAAGAAAAAUAACAAACCACUAUGAAUUACUGAAUUAAUGAAAUAUUAAAAGUAUGAAAUCAGAAGCGUAUAAAUGCAAAUUAAUUGAAUUAAAACAAUAUAUAAUAUUACAAUAUUCUCACUUGAAUGUUGUACCACCACAAAACAAGUUUUAAGGAAAUAAGCUUCAAAGCAACAAUCCAAAAAAAAAUACGAAUCACCAAAAAUUGUAUUUAAUGUUUUAGAUAUAAAGUAAGCUAACGUACUCUUAACCAUCAUCAACUGCAACAUCUUUACAAAAU